UUCUUGUCCCAGGCCAGAGUAGGCGCUUAGAGUGGCUCCUUCCAAGAGUAGCACCAGAUAGCCACCGCAGUCCUGCACCACGGCGAGCGGGACAGCUUGGGGGACGACAGAGAGAACUGGUGAAUGGUCUUGGGGAUCAGACAGGCUCUGUGCACUGGACCAGGCCGCUUUAGACAGCGGGAGCAAAGCUCACUGCGGGCGUGGAGGGAUUAAUCAGUGACAGGAAGCAGUGACCAGCUGUGGUCAGGAGAGCCUCCGCAAGGCCAGCCCCAGAAGGCUGCCCCGCUCCCGCCUCUGCUCACCCACCUGCUCCUGCCAUGGGGCACCUUGAGGCCUUCCUCUUCCUAUUGGGGGCCCUGGGGACUCUCGCUGAUAUCUGUGAAAUACCAGAGGUGGACAGCCAGCUGGUAGAGAAGCUGGGCCGGCGUCUCUUGCCUCAGAUGGACUUGCUGUCCCCGAACCCCAGCAUCUACGUGGGUCUGCGCCUCUCCAGCCUGCAGGCUGGGACCCAGGAAGACCUCUACCUGCACAGACUCAAGCUCAAUUACCAGCAGUGCCUCCUGGGAUCUGCCUCCAGAGAUGACAACAGUGACUGCCAGGACAGACCUUCCAUGGGCCAGCUGGCUCUUUACCUGCUCGCUGUCAGGGCCAACUGCGAGUUUGUCAGGGGCCACAAGGGGGACAGACUGGUCUCACAGCUCAAGCGGUUCCUGGAGGACGAAAAGAAGGCCAUUGGGCACGAUCACAAGGGCCACCCCCACACCAGCUACUACCAGUACAGCCUGGGGAUCCUGGCCCUGUGCGUCCACCAGAAGCGGGUCCAUAACGACGUGGUGGACAAGCUCCUGAGUGCUGUGGAACAUGACCAGAACCUCUACCAGAGCCAUCUCUCUGUGGACACCGCAGCCAUGGCAGGCUUAGCCUUCACCUGCCUAGAGCGCUCCAACUUCAAUCCUGAUCAGAGAGAGCGGAUCACCAAGGCCAUCGGCACAGUGCGAGGAAAGAUCCUGAGGGACCAGACCUCCAGUGGCCACUUUGGGAAUGUCUACAGCACCCCACUGGCACUGCAGUUGUUGAUGACCUCUCCCGUGCCUGGGGUGAAGCUGGGGCUAGCAUGCCUCCAGGCAAGGACUGCUCUGUUGACCAGCCUGCAGGAUGGGGCCUUCCAGAAUGCGCUCAUGAUUUCUCAGCUGCUGCCUGUCCUGAACCACAAGACCUAUCUGGAUCUCAUCUUCCCAGACUGCCAAGCACCGAGAGUCUUAUUGAGGCCAACGACUGAGACCCCUGCAGUGACUCCAGCCUUAGCGAUCAUCAACGUUACGCUGAAGGUCUCCAGCCUCGUGCCGCCUUACGAGCAAUCCUUCUUUGUCCUCUCUGGAUCCUCGUUGGAAGAUGUCCUGAAGAUGGCCCAGGAGCUAGGAAGAUUCACGUAUGAAGCACAGGCCUCCUUGUCUGGCCCCUACCUGAAUUCUGUGAUGGGGAAAGCGGCGGGGGAACGUGAAUUUUGGCAGCUCCUCCAAGCCCCUGACAUCCCUCUGCUGCAAGGGAUUGCUGACUACAGACCCAAGGAUGGAGAAACCAUCGAGCUGAGACUAGUUAGCUGGUAGCCCCAGGCUCACCCCAAGAGCCUCACACGCACACUCUGUGAUCUUCUGCCCCCCACUUCCAUCACCCCCACAACAGGCACUGGCCUGCCCCUACUGUUGCCUCCUGUGCACUGGAGCAAUGUCCCGGGUCACCCCAGCCACCACCCCUGAGGGGGUCCUAAGCUACAGCCCACUCUGGAACAGGGAGCCAAGCUAUGUCUGGGGAAGUCUUUUGGCCUGGGGCUGGCCCAGCCUGGCUGUGCAGGCCUCCCAUGAAGCCACCCCCAUGGUCCGAAGGUUGUGACACACCCCAGACCCCUUGGCAAAUGGAGGGCACGUCUGGCAGCUGCUGGCAUUGUGAGUUCCGCCUGCUGUGGGAUUGGGGUCCUGCAAGGAGGCCUCUGUUGGCUCACGACCGUGGCCCUGGCCCCAGAUCGUCACUCCACUUUCAGGGUGAGUGGCAGCCCCAGAACUGGCCAGGGCACAGAAGCCAGCAAGGCCUUGGCAGGGAUGCUAGGUGCCUGC